AUGGACUUGAAGUUCCAUAAGUAUCCCGAGGAUCCAGAGGAAGGCAUUCACAAAGAAGCAGUAGGAGGUGAAGGUGAUGAGAUGGCUGGGAAUGAACCUUCUGUGCCCCAUCAAGCUCCGUCCACAUCAGAGCACGGGCAUGCGAAAAGGUUUAAGUUGCAUCAAGACAGAAUUGGGAGUAACAUUGUAUCAUUUAUGGUGUACCUGGCACCACUGGUGUAUAAGAAGAAAUCAACAGAAGGGUUUCAAUCAAUACCUUAUGUGGUUGCACUCUUUAGUGCCAUGUUAUGGUUAUACUAUGGAUUCCUCAAGACUAAUGGAGUUAUGCUUAUCACCAUCAAUACUAUGGGAUGUGCCAUAGAAGCAACAUAUAUAGCAAUGUAUGUUGUAUAUGCACCAAGGAGUGCCAAGAUAUUCACAUCUAAGCUGUUGCUUUUAUUAAAUGCGGGCGCAUAUGGGUUGAUAUUGCUCUUUACACUCAUGUUAGUAAGGGGCCCAAGGCGUGUCUCAAUUGUUGGAUGGGUCAGCGCCGCAUUCUCCGUCAGUGUAUUUGCCGCACCUUUAAGCAUCAUGAGGCUAGUGAUAAGAACUAAAAGUGUCGAAUUCAUGCCAUUUUCGCUGUCCCUCUUCCUAACAUUCGCUGCUGUGAUUUGGUUCGUUUACGGCCUCCUGUUAAAGGACUUGUUCAUCGCAGUACCGAAUGUAUUGGGAUUCAUGUUUGGAUUUGCUCAAAUGAUUCUAUACAUCAUUUACAAGGACGUGAAGAAAGAACAGAAGUUGCCUGAACAAGCUGUGGGUAUUAAGUUAGGUACAUUACUGAUUCUAGAUCAGGUGAAUCCGACCGACAAACAGCUGGGGCCCACAGAGAUGCCCAUCGAGCUAACCGAAAGCCAUGUAUGAAGUAUCCCAUCAGCAAUUGCCGAUUAAUCCUUGAGGCGAUCACAUCCACCGUUCAAGUUGCAGAGCUCAUUCCUUCAAUCUGAAGUUCAACUCUACGAUUCCAUGGCAGAUUGCUGUACAAUUAGAGAGAGAGUGUGUGUGUAAUAUGAUAGUUACACCCAUCCACGUUGAGUUUUAUACACCCAUUUUCAUUUU